AUGAUGAAAAAACUUGAUUACGUUAAUCUACCAGGAAUCGUAAACGAUCAACCGGAUUGUUUUGAGACACCUGAUUAUCCAACCAAUGAACAAAGUAAUGAGGCUGGUUAUGAUAAUUCUGAAGCUGUCAAUCAAUUCGACAUCAAUUCAAAAGAAGUUCAUGAUGCAUUCAAUGGAAAAUACCUGAAUGGCAAAGCCGCUAAUUUUUCUGAUAAUGCAACAAAAGCUCGAGGUUAUGUUCAACAUGGCAUCUAUCAGAAUUAUGCUGAACAUGAGCCGGAAACAGCGAUUGAACGUUAUAAACGUUUGAUGUCUGAAUUGCAGGAACUAGAAGGAGAAUUCAACCAAACGUCGAAAGAAGGCUUAAGUAAAGAAGAGAGUGAAAAUUUAAAUACACUUGUUCAGCACAUCCAACAACUACAAGAACAUACAUCCAAAGUUUACGGAGCGAAAUUUCUGUUAAGUGAACGCGAUACAAGUUCAUUACUGACAAAACUGGCCGCAUCAAAGCAAGAAGCGAAACAAACAAAUGGAGGACAAAAGACUUCGGAUACAUUCAAGUUGUAUAUCAAUCCAGCAACGGCUGCAAGUGUUGGAACUUCAUCAACAUCUGCUCUUCAGCUUUCGGAUCUCGAACAAAAAGUGUCGAAACUAGAGAACUUGAUUGGUCUCAAUGAACAACAAUCGAUUGAAUCGAGAACCCUAUUGAAUUCUCUUGAACAAUUAACCACACGAGUUAAUUUACUCGAUGGUGCAAAUAUCGAUCAUAUCGAUAUGAAACUAGCUAAUGUUCUUUCGCGUUUGAAUGCCAUCAAUGAGAAAAAAGCAACUGUUGAUGAACAAGACAAACAAAGCAAAGCUGUGGAAUUGUUCGAUAUGAUGUCGCGUUGGGAAACAAUGGCAGCGAAUCUACCAAUUAUUCAACAACGUCUCAUCGCUCUCAACGAACUUCAUCAACAAGCUUUUCAAUUCAGCACUGGACUUUCACAUUAUGAAGCUGAACAACAAGCAUUGAAAACAUCGCUUGAUGCGAAUGAUCAACUUCUAAAACAAUUGAAAACAACAUUUGAAUCGAAUCUCGACUCUCUCAAAAGUCAAUUAAAUAGCAUCGAUCAAAAACUUGUCACAAGUGGUAAAAAGAAAUAA